AGAAAUCAUGGCCAACGUCACUGCCACUAUACAUCCAAGUAAUCUCCCAUGGCACCCAGGGGCGGUCCCUCUCCCCCUUGUCUCCUUGCAGGUCCAGGAAGUCUAUCCUUUCCAUGACGGCUGGAAUGUGGCUUGCUUCAUCAUCCUUCUGCUCUUCAUCCUAACUGUUCUGUCUCUGGCUGCCUUGGCUGUGCUCUAUGAGCUACUGGACUGUGGGUGCUGUGCCAAAGGGAAGACACAUCACCAGCUACAGGAGGAGGGGCCGGGAAGCUGCAGCAAGCUCAUGACCAGCAUUUGCAAGGAACCAGAAUCCCACACUGAGGUGGUAUAGAGGCAGCAAUGAUGAAGAAAAGGAAUAGCGGGAAUUCGGGUGUCAUUGCUGAGCUGGGCAAUACGACAGCGUCGACUCCAAUGCCCUGAGAAUGAACUUCUAAAACUGCAUAAAAGUACUUCAGUCGCUCACAGUUAAGUGAAUGUGUAGGGAGAGACAAGAUAAGGUUAUAGAACAAUGUAAAAAGGGGGUAGUUUUUCACUGAUUUGGAGUGAGUCUGAUUAGCUUUUCAUUUCAGUUACGAGGGAAUCUUCACACAUCUAAAUUCACUAACACUAACCACAGAUGGCAGACCCUGAAAACCAUAUUUUACAUCAGAAAUAAUGAGGAGAGAGAGGGGGCACCAGAGUAGAAAUAUUACCAAUAUUGUCGCCCAAAUAAACACAAAUUUGACAGA